GCUGAGCUUUACGUGAGGACGUGUUAGAGACGUUGUGGAUCCUUGGUUUACGUGCGUGGCGUUUGGAUAGAGAGAAUGGGCACAGUCCAAGAUGAGAAGCCCGUAGAGGGCGCAGCCGCUAAACCUCACGUCCGGGAACUGCGAAACACUGAGCUGGUGUCCCGGUUACUAGCUGCGACUCCACCCUACCUCUACAGCGCACUACCAUUACAACCACACGCAUUCUUCUUCAGCGAAAUGUUACGUUCGUUCGUCAACGCGCGCCAUGGCUGCCGCCCACCGCACUACCACCGCCGUUUCAAGCGUCGCUCUCACAAAUACUUCGCGGAGAACGAAGACUGGAGACGCGAUUGGCCGAAGCAGGACGAAAAGAAAGACCCCGAACCACGUCCAGAAGUUCCCCUCGAACUAACCGUUGAGAAACCGAGAUCAGGCGAGCAAUCUCCCAGGCUGUCACCAAAAGCUGAGCCGCCAAAGCAGAGCCCAAGCCCACCUGGACGCCAAUCCACCUUCGUUGAUGUAGGAACUGAGGAACUCCCUAAACCGUCACCAUGUAUUGGACGGAACUCUGUGGAACCGAAUAGCGUACCAUCAUCGAAUUUGAUUCUACCGCCUCCACCUCCAAUGUGGUAUCCCCCAUUAUACAACCCCCAGUUCGGUGUCGACCCGUUGAAUUUCUUCAUCGAUCUACGCGUCUCUGGACACAUAUACGACAGGAAGAGAGCUGAAGCAAUGGAUGUGAACAUAAAUCAGGAGCAUCGAUCGGGUCUCGAUGAAUCUAAUCUUGAGAAACGUCUCGGCAAAGAUCUAGGACAGAAACCGAGGCAUUUGUCAGCGUUUUCUGUACCCGUGAGGUCUAGUCACGGGCAAACUGAAGGCCCAGAGAAAUACUUUGAGAGGAGUAAUAGAUUUUUGGGUAAGCCCAACGGCACGUCGUAUAUAAUGAGGAACUUGAAAUGCGUGUAUGAAAAUUUACACUCCCAAGAACGCAAGGAAGAGUCGAAAGAACAAAAUGAGGAUACAAAGGGUGAAUCUUCAGAUAUUGAUGAUGACAUAAUUGAUUAGAAUAUAAUUACAUAUUUUGAAAUAAUCUACUUGAAUGUAAACUGUGUAAUAUAGGUAGUUCUUUCUGAUAACUUCUCUAGUAUUACUGAUUGUACCGGUUGUCUAAAUUUUGUGGUUAAAACACUCUGAGAAUCCGUCAAUCUAAUUAUAUGAAGUUGCAUUUUAGCUGACCUCCGCUAAGAAGGAAGUUCUUUAUUGUCUGUAAAUAUUUUUUCGAGAAGCUUUGUCUACACCGUAAAUUCCACCAAAUUUUUGCCUGUUUUCCAUAUGAUGAAAUUUUAAUACGCUUGUCUAUAUAAUUGCCUAAUCUAUGGGUAAAUUUUUCGGCCAUCGCACUCGUAUCAUAAUGUACUAUUUUUAACCGAUUUCUAAAAGGAGGAGGUUCUCAAUUCGGUCGGUAUUUUUUUUUUAUGCAUGUAGGUACACCGUUUACUCAAAGACGCCUGGACCGAUUUCAAAAAUUCUUUUUUUGUUUGAAACGGUAUAGUCUCCAUUUGGUCCCAUUGCCAUCAUGUCAAGAUCUGAUGAUGGAAUCCUGGAGAAACAUUCUGAUCAGCAGGUAGAAUAUAUUAUGACGUUAUUUUUCGCUUUUUAGUUUAGUGGGUACGUUUUUAGGUUUUGAAGUCGGUUGUAUUUUUUUUAUUAAAUUUUUUUAUAUAUUGCUUAAAAAGGACCGGUGUAUAACAAAGCUGAAAAUACUUGUAAAAUUAAAUAUAGGUAGAUAUAUAGAACUCGUACUUGUAAUUGAAAUACCUAGUCAUAAUUUUUAAUCUUUGUUAAAAUAAUAAUAAAAAAAUAACUACAGUAGAACCAGUAUAUUACGAUUGACCCAACUAAAAACGCUUCUUAGACGGGAGAGCGUAUUAAACGGGAUAUGGGUGGGGGAUAGUGAAAAAUAUAACGACUAAUGAACACGUACCUACAGAGAUAAAAAUUCAAUCAUUAUUCAAAAACCAAUCAUGUCAAGGGUCAUUUGCUGUCAGGGUGUCUUUCAGUUCAUCAAGAUAUCAUUAGUCUUGUCCUGCAACCUUGUUUAAGGACCUUUAUGAUGUCCUGAUUUAUCUGUUGUAAUUUAUUUGUCGCAUUUGGAAUUACAUGUAGGCGUAUUAAACGGGAUGACGAAUAGUAUUAGGCGUUAGGAAAUGUAUGAAACAUGUCUCAAGUUCUAGGGACUCGCGUAAAAUGACGUAUUAUGCGAGAAAUCGUUUUAGGUAUCAUCGUCUUAUGCAGUUCUACUGUAUUUAAAAGUAUGAUCUCAACGUAAUACGUGUCUAUAAUAUAGUCUAGUCAUUACAUAACAAUAAGUCCAUUAUAUUGAAAGUAUGAUUAUAUAGGUAUAAUAUGUAUGUUUAUUUAUUUUAACCUGAUUUAAUAGGUAUUUAAGUAUAUAAAGUAAUAUGUUACUCGAAAUUAUAUGUGAAUAAAAGUUAGGUAAAAUGUUG